AUUUUUGACGGCACUCACAAUUAAUGACAUCUUGUGUUAUUACACCAUGGAGAAAUCACAAUAAUUUUCCUUCUGUUUGACAGUCACUGAAAUUUGGAGUCACUGAAAUCCUUUCAGAAAGAGUCGGCUGGAGCCAGCAGUCUGCCAGCGCUUAAGGACGGACUCUCCUCUUCCUCCAGUACGGGCCGUGGUUGCCCAAUCUACCCCCAAUUCAUCAGCAUGACAAAACACUGGGGGGGUCAGAGUUUGCUGGCACCACCCGCAAUCACAUACCUGCCCACUCGUAGCUUCAGGGCGCAACACGGCCAUCACCUUGACUUCGCAUCAGACGCGCAAGAGAGCAAUGCUCACCCGGCCUGUCCUUCAAGCAUCAUAGCGCGGAGCACCACGGCCCCGCGCUGGAACGGCAAACGCAGCCCCUGGCCGGCGCAGGACCCUUCCUGGCAAGAGAGGCCCACAGCCGUACCACUCGCCUGUGGCACAGCGUCCAUGGACUCAGUGAUGCCUCCGGACCACAGUCGUAAACCCGUCCCGUACUACCCGGCGCCGCGGAGCCAGGACCAGCCAGUCAAGCAGCAACGCAGCGACCCCCCGGAUACUUGGGACCAAGAGGCAAACUCUAAAGGCGGCAGGAAAAAGAACUAUCAGCGGUACCCAAAGCCCCCCUACUCGUACCUAGCAAUGAUCGCCAUGGUGAUCCAGAAUUCACCCGAAAAGAAGCUCACCCUCUCUCAGAUUCUGAAGGAGAUCAGCACCCUGUUUCCCUUCUUCAAGGGGAACUACAAGGGCUGGAGGGACUCGGUGAGACACAACCUCUCCUCGUACGACUGCUUCGUCAAGGUGCUGAAGGACCCGGGGAAGCCCCAGGGGAAGGGGAACUUCUGGGCGGUGGAGCUGAGCAGGGUGCCCCUGGAGCUCCUGAAGAGGCAGAACACGGCGGUGUCCCGGCAGGACGAGACCAUCUUCGCCCAGGACCUGGCGCCCUACAUCCUGCACGGCCAGGCCCACAAGCUCGAGGAGGACCCCUCCCUCCCCCUGCCCCCCCCCGCCGCGGCCCCCGCCUGCGACCCCGCCCCUCCGGAGGACCCGUACCGCCCCAAACUGGACUCGUCCUUCGCCAUCGACUCGCUCCUGCACAGCCUGCGGCCCGUCAGCGCGGCGGGGGAGGGGGAACGGGCCCGGGACUCCUGGGGCGAGCAUCCCUUCCCCCAAACUAACCCCCGCCCACGGGCGGAGCUCUCGCCCCUGCCGCACCCCCGAUACUCCUCCUCGUUCGCCCGCCGCGCUUCCGCCAGCUCGGCCAGCCCUGCGUCUUCCUCCUCCUCCUCUUCCUCGGACGAAGACUGGCGGGGCGUGCUCCCCCGCCAGGAGGGGAAGCGUGGCGCCCCAGGGGAACCUGGGAUGGGUGGGUACGAGGACUGCCGCCCGCCCCCCCACAAGACCUCCAGGAGAAUCACCGCCCCGCCAUGGGAACUGCCGACCUCCUACGCCAAAUACGCCCCGCCCAACGUGGUGGCCCCGCCCAGCAUGCGCUUCAAUGGGGGGCCGUCCUUCCUGCCCCUGGGGGGGCUGCCAUUUUACAGCUACCGGGGCCCCCCCGCGGCUGGCGGCGGCCAUUUUGUGAGCCACGCCUACUGGCCCCUCCUGCCCAGUGGGCGUGUCCCUCUGCAGGCUCCACCCCUGCUGAUGGACCUGGACAGCCUGCUGCAGUCCGUGCCCCCGAACAAGAGUGUGUUUGACGUUCUGGGACCCUCCGGCCAGUCCCCGCACGCACCACAGGGGCAGUAUGGGCUACAGAGUGCCCCGCCUCUCGCCCGAUACCCCCAGUACUAAUCCUCCAUCACCCGCAACCCACCGCCGAAACUCCCACCCCCUUCCACCGACAUUUGUUUAACUCAGGGCUGUAGUCAAGGAAGCAAACAGGAAAUAUGAGUCACAUGAUGCCUCCUGGGAGCUGUGGUUGGUGCAGGCGACUGUGGUAUCUGACCACAUUCUCCCCUGCAAGACAUUUGACCACUUGUGCAACCGUAGGCAGGCUGUACUUUAUAUCUACACAGCCAUCAACAAGACACUUUCUGUGCCUAUGGGCCUGGUGUCUAUGAAUUGUCAUGGUCAACGACGUCUUUUGUCAUGGACAACGCCCCAGUGCCAUAGCCUCAGGAUAAAUACACACGCAAGGACGGACCAACCACGGCAAUAUGCUCUCUGUCAUUUAAAUUGUGCAAUCAGGUGAACCUUGGGAGGACCGGGUGGCCUGCGCUCCAAAUGUAAAUAUGCCUUAACGUCUAUGGUACCACAGAGGUGAAACGAGGCUGUUUGACCAUGAAGCCCAACUGACCCAAGACAGUCAGUUUGUACUGAUUCUGUCAUUUGCACUAUUGUCUUAACCUUUUAAUCUUUUCGUUUUGUUCUUGUUAAUCUUUUUAGAGAAUCUUUAUAAAUGUUACCUACUUGGACUCAACCGAGUUUUGUAUACUAUAUUUUUCA